AUGGAUAGGGGCAAGAGCCUUGUGACAAGUGAAAAUGGUAGCAGAGAUCUUACUGAUCGCAGCAAAGUUAGGAUUUUGCUUUGUGACACUGAUGUUGAGAGUUGCCAAGAAAUAUUCACACUUCUUACCCAAUGCUCUUAUCAAGUAACCCCAGCAUUUACAGCAACAGAUGUGUUUGAUGCACUGAACUGUGAUGGGCCUCGUACCGAUAUCAUACUUGCUGAAGCUAACCUUCUAAUGACCAAUGGUGGGAAGAUUCUGAAGUACCUUAAACGCGAGAAAGAGUUCAAACAAAUUCCUGUUAUUAUGAUGGUGACAGAAAAUGAAGUCUCACUCGUUUUGAAGGCCUUGGGACUUGGAGCAAGUGACUAUCUUGUGAAGCCUUUACACAAUAAUGCACUAAUGAAUUUGUGGGCUCACUUGCAGUGA